GGCGUCUUCCGCAAGGAAUGCCUGUUUGAAGUAGCAUUCGACCGUUGGUUUUCGGAGCAGCAAGUACUGUUUUUCGGCGUCGUGCACGAUUUUGUAGAAUAUUCGAUAAAAAAAGAUCAAAAUGUCGGGCGUGGGAGACGACGAAGUGCCUGGGCCUUCGACGGCACAAGAUGAUAUUGAAUAUUCUUUGUGCAGUGAAGUUUCAAAAUUACGAUUGAAGGAUGCCCUCGUAUAUUACGAGCAAAUUCUCACACAAAAUAAUCUUGUGGCACCAACACCAUCGGAGGUAAUUACUGAAGAGGGAAUGUUACUAGCAGAAGACUUGUUCCAUUAUACAGUACAAACUUUAUAAGAAAAUUAGUUUGUAACGGAUGAAGAACUAAUUAUGCUUGAUGAAUUGGACGAAGAAUACGCUUUUGACGAGCCUGCAUCUGACAACGAAGAUUCUUCUGAAAAUUAUGAGCCAGAGGAGAAAAGGGCGAAAUUGUACACGGACAAUAUUCCGCUGGAUUAUAAAAGGAAAGUUAUCAAUAUAGUUCGAGCACAUCCGACAUGGAGCCUAAAAGUUCUGCAAAAAAACGGGUGCAGCCGCUUAAAGCGCAUGGAGGAAUUGCCAAAAUGGGAAAAACAUGUAAAAAGCGGAGGAAACAUGACAGACAAAUACGCGACCAUCGAUUCGUGGACUUACGAUCGCUUUGAAGAAGCGCGACAGAACAACCAACAAGUUACAACCCGGAACUUGCAGCAGUGGGCUUUAUCGGCUGCGAGUCAAUUUGAAAAUUUUGAUUUCAAAGCUUCCGAUAGGUGGGUUAUGAAAUUUAAACGGAAACAUCGAAUUCGCCAAAGAAAAAUCACGAAGUUUGUAACGGAAAGAGAAACCGCAACGCUGGAUGAAAUCCUGGAAGCUGCAGAAGAUUUUCGUAUCCAGGCUCGUGAUGUUAUACCAAACUUUGGUCCCGAUUUCGUCAUUAAUACAGACCAAACAGGAUGCCAAUACCAGUCGACGUUCGACAGAACUCUGGCGACCAAAGGAUCAAAAGUAGUGCUGGUAAAGCGUACUCUGUCACCCUAUCAGGAAAAUUGUUGCCCCUGGUGUUCGUAUGCCUACAAGAAACAACAGGUUCAUUUGGUCCCAGAGUUCAAAAAUCGAUCGACGAGUAACUAA